GGCUAUUACGCUACACACCCGUCUCAAAUCGCGACCUCGGCGUCCGAACGACAAGGGAAAACACGCCCUGAAAUGGCCGACGAUGACUCUCGGGGCGAGGGAGAGCGCGUCGAGGCCGACGGCACUUGGACGGCGGGAGAGGAGAAGCCAGCGGCGGUCCGCGGGGGGGCCGGUGACGCCCCCCCGGGACGCCGAGCGGAAGCUGUGGACGACUUUUUACGCAGCUUCCUCCUCGGAGCGGGCAUGGCGGGCACGCUGGACUGCUUCGAGAGGGAGCGGUACGGCAUGACCCGGAGAGGCGCCGGGGGCGCGGAGGAAGCGGUGCCGGAGGAAGCGGUGCCCGACGUGUACGCCGAAUACCAGCGUCUGGACAACGAGCUGAGGGCCGCACGCCGCGAGAGGGACGAGUACGAGCGUGCGGCCUCGGCCGCGUCAGAGACUCUGGCGGAGCUGCAGAGAGCCAGGGAUGCCCGUCGGCGGCGGUACCAACGCGUGGUCCAGGAGAGAGACAGACUUAUUGAAUGCGUAAGAAAGCUCAGGAGUCAACGCGCCGGCCACGAACCCGGGAUGACGCAGACCAGGGACACGUGCCAGACCGCGUGGAAGCGGAAGAUGCGGGUGGGUUUGGAGAGGGACGAGGCGGAGGGGCACGCCGACGGCCUCCUAGUAGCUCUGCACGGUAUGAGCAUGCAAGAGGGCGGCAGCGACACUCAACAAACCAGGGGGGGCAGAUGUGUGGCAGAGAAGCCGUCCCAGACGGCUCCCCGUUUCAAACCCGCCCAGGAUUCAGACCUUCCUGCGGGCCCAAGACCCACCAACCUGCCAGCACAAACAAGAGACCAGUCUUUGGAUGCAAACGCUCCCAUCAAGGCCAAGGCAGGCAGCUUCUGCCUAAGCACCACAUUCAAGGCACAUAGUCAGUCUGUCAGCUGUCUCGCCACUCAUCCCUCGAAACCGCUGGUGGCUUCUUCUAGCAGAGACCAACUGUGGAAACUCUGGGGGAUUCCAGAAGGAGAUCCAGUCGCUACCGGGGAGGGUCACACCACCUGGCUGUCUGGGAUCAGCUUCCACCCAGAUAAAACGAAAUUAGGCACAACAGGGGGAGAUGGCAACCUUUGUAUCUGGGAUCUGUCAAUAGGCUACCUGGUUCUCAGCCUGCAGGGCCACACUGCAGCCACAUGGGGCUGCUCUUUCCACUCCUGUGGUCACUUCGUGGCCUCCUGUUCAAUGGAUUGCACCAUUAAGGUGUGGGACCUUCAGAGUGAGCGAUGCCGCUCUACCUUACGGGGACAUAACGGUUCAGUCAACAGCGUGGAGUUCUUGCCUUCCUCCAAUGUCCUGCUGACCUCCUCCGCUGACAAGACUCUGUCCUUGUGGGAUGCCAGGGCCGCGCUUUGUGCUCAGACCCUCUGCGGCCACACCAGCUCAUGCAACCAUGCCACCUUCGCCUCUGCUGGCAAGGUUAUUGCCUCCUGCGACUCCUGUGGGAUCGUCAUGUUUUGGGAUGUGAGAAAUCUGGUAGCUCCCACCCUUGUUAUGGAGACAGGACCGAAACCAAGCAACCAGCUGGCCUUCAGCCCCAGGGGCCAUAUGCUGGCAGUUGCUGGAGAGGACAAUUUGGUAAGAGUGCUUGAUCUGGUUACCAACCAAGUAGGCUGCACAUUGAGUCAUGAUGACGCAGUGCAAAGUGUUGUCUUUGACCACAAGGGGGAGCACUUGCUGUCAGCUGCCUCUGAUGGGCAGAUUUAUGUUUGGUCAUGAAGAAGAGUCGUCAGUCAUAUAAGGCUUCCUCAAUAA